AUAAACCUCAAAAUAUAAUUUACCACAAAUUCUCAUCUCCUACAAAACCUGACUAUUUCUUCUUCUUUCUUGUUUGUCUCAUUCCUUUUCAACAUUCACAAUGAAAAUUCUCAUUUUUAUUUUGUUUUGUAUACCAUGUUAUGCUCUUGCUUUUGAAGUAAAAUCCGUCAUAGAUUCUCCUAUGUUAACGAAAAAUAUAGGAACUAAUCGUACAAUCAUAGUCGAUAUCAAUGGAAAGGGAGACUUUAAAUCAGUCCAAGCUGCAAUUGAUUCAGUUCCAGAAAAAAAUUCGAAUUGGGUCAUCAUUCAUAUUAGAAAAGGAGUAUAUCGAGAAAAAGUGCAUAUUCCAAAGACUAAACGUUAUAUAUUCUUGAGAGGAAAUGGGAGAGGAAGAACUGCUAUUGUUUGGUCUCAAAGUUCAUCUGACAACGUAGAGUCUGCCACCUUCAAAGCUGAAGCCCCUGAUUUCAUUGCCUUUGGAAUUAGCUUCAAGAAUGAAGCACCAACAGGAGUUGCAUAUACUUCACAAAAUCAAUCUGUGGCAGCAUUUGUAGCAGCGGACAAAAUAGCAUUUUACCAUUGUGCAUUUUAUAGUACACAUAACACACUCUUUGAUUACAAAGGUAGACAUUAUUAUGAGUCGUGUUACAUUCAAGGUUCAAUUGAUUUCAUAUUUGGUCGUGGAAGAACAAUUUUUCAGAGUUGUGAGAUAUUUGUGAUUGAUGAUAAAAGGAUAACAAUUCGUGGAUCAAUAACAGCUGCCAACAAAGAAACUGAACGUGAAAUGAGUGGAUUUAUAUUCAUUAAAGGCAAAGUUUAUGGCAUUGGUGGAGUGUACUUAGGAAGGGCCAAAGGUCCUUAUUCUAGGGUCAUUUUUUCUCAUACAUAUCUCUCAAACACCGUUGUCCCUGAAGGAUGGACUAAUUGGAGUUAUGAUGGUAGCACUGAAAAUCUUUAUCAUGCUGAGCAUAAAUGCCAUGGGCCUGGUGCUACAAAAGAAGGAAGAGCUCCUUGGUCAAGGCAACUUACUGAUGAACAAGCUGCUAAAUUUAUAUCUAUUGAUUAUAUUGAUGGCAAGAAUUGGUUGCCAGCCUAUAAAUAAUCAUAUCAUGUGUUCGAUGCACAAACUCAAUACGAUGUGGAAUUUGAUACAAGAGUAGAUGUUAUUAUAUAAGUAUACUUUGUCAUAGCUAUAUUUUUAUUUUAUGAUAUAUAUAUAUAUGUGCUUUAGAUUUGUCUGUAGCUAGUUUUUAGUUAUAUAGUCCAUGUUGGUAGGGAAAUGAAGGAAGUGUUAUGUUUGUAUCUUCCUUCAUUUAUUUGUAAUUAAUAUUACACAAAGUUGUUUGGUAUCAAAUGAGAAAAAUGCCACUUUGAGGCUUGUCGAUUA